AUGCCCAACUAUGCAAGGUUCAUGAAGGGUCUAUUAUCAAGGAAGCGUAAGUUGCAGGAAUGUGAGACGGUGAAUCUAAUGGAGGAAUGUAAUGCUAUCAUCCAAAAGAAGUUACCUACCAAAGUCAAGGAUCCGGGGAGCUUCAGCAUUCCAUGCACUAUAGGCAAAAUGGAAGUGGACAAUGUUUUAUGUGAUCUUCGAGCUAGCAUCAAUGUCAUGCCACUCUCCAUGAUGAAGAAGCUGGGGAUUACUGAAGUGAAUCCCAUAAAGACGAUAGUGCAACUGGCUGACCGCUCUUCAAAGCAAGCUUAUGGCAUCAUUGAGGACAUAUUGGUAAAGCUAGGCAAAUUCAUCAUUCCUGUUGAUUUUGUCAUCCUUGACAUUGAAGAAGAUGCCACAAUUCCUAUAAUUUUUGGAAGACCCUUCUUGGCAACUUCAGGAGCACUGAUUGUUGUACUUAAAUGUGAGCUGAUCUUACGGGUAGACAGAGAGCAAGCAAAUUUCAAAUUCUUUGACAAAGAAGUCCCCUCAUCCGUAGCUCAACCGCAAGAUCAAGUCUACUUUAUUAGUGAAAAGAAAGGUGAAGAAAAGGGAUGGGGAACGCGCGAUUCAUCUAAGCACAAUUGA